UAGGCCCAGAGAUUAGACUCGAUCGUAGGUGAAAGACUUUAAUCUUAAAAGUAAAAUCAGAAUCGCAACUCGGAGAACAAAAAUAUUUUCAUUGUAAUAUUUAAAAGAUGUCCAGUGAUAGCAAUAACGAAAUCAAACGCGUGGAAGGCGGGGAAGUUCCCGGAGGAGGAUUUCUAUCGACAGUCGGGGAAAUUCGUUCCGCUGGAGACAAUCGCCCUUGGGAAACAUUCGAUGAGAAGACCGGGGCAGCCGACGAGGCUCCCUGUUGCAGUAGCACUUUGCUUGGACUUGGGGCACCAACUCCAAGUCGCGCUGAGCCAGCACUAGCUGCCCCAGAAGACAAUCGCACACGCCAGGCCAAACGGCUCAAUCCGUUUGCUGCAGAAUUUGUGCCGGGCGUCGCAAAUCACAUAAUUGCUGAGAAAAUACAAGAAUUUUCCUGCUAUUCGCCAUGGAGCAUUAUUGGCGGUCCGCAGAACAUAUCGUGUGGACCUCGAUACGAUGGCAUUUGGCGUGAGAGCAGCUUACAACAGCAGCUACCUUUUCAGAUCCAGGUUCAGGAUCAGAUACAAGAUACAGAGCCGAUGCAACCAACACAAAUCGAAAAUGUUGAGGUUUCUCGAGACAAAGUGAAGCCAUCGAUGACACAGCGCCUACAUGGGGAUACGAAGCAGAAACAGGAACAGGAACAAGGGGACGAUGCGGAGGAAGUACAGGAACCCCCUAAGGCAGCUAAAGGUAUUCGGCGUUUCAUCAAGAUCCCUGCUGGGCUCAAACGACGCUGCAGCAUUAUGUAAACUACCUUACACAAAAAGCGCCUAAAAACUGAGAUUAUACGGGAAGUUGGGAAGCAACAGGAGGCGAAUAGAGCAAGAACACUUUGAGGCUGACAAUAUUACAAUUACACAAUCAGAUACUACAUAUGUAAUCUUACACUUAACAAAAAAAUGUUAGCCCACUUCCAAAGUUAAAUCCGAUUAAACCUCAAUCAAAGCUGC